GUUUAGUAGUUGGAAGGGCAAGCCCUGAAGGGCUAAGGACAAUAACUCUCUGUGCACAGGUUGCUUGCACUCCGAGCUCAGCGGGAACUGGGCCAGCAGCAAAAUGCUGCAGCAGACGAGCAGGACCGCUGCUCCUAGGCAAGGUGCCUUUGGCACCGGGCCUGCUCCUCGCGUCUCGCGGUGCCGGCUUGCUGCACAGUGCCGAAGCGCGUCGAGCGGCCAGCAGCAGCAGCAGACCGCCGAUGAGCUGGCCGUGAGCCGUCGCCAGGCGCUGGCCUCGUCGCUGGCCAUGGUUGCGGGUGCCGUGCUGCUGCCGGUGGCCCCCGCCCUUGCAGAGGCCGAGGCGAUCACCGCCGCAUCCGUGUCCGGCAUCGGCGCUGGAGCGCUCCAGACGCUGACCGACCCCAUCCUGGCCUACACCUACCAGUACCCCAUCGUCACCACCAUGGGCAAGCCCCUGAACAUGAUCGUCAGCCGCACGCCUGAGAAGUACAGCAGCGCGGCGCCACUCACCGCGGACGCCCGCCAGCGCAUCGUCAGCGAGGUGUUUGACUUCAAGAACUUUGUGACGGCCUCCAUGACUGUGGGCCCCGCCUCGGGCGUGCUCAAGGGCCGCAACCCGGAGGAGUGGAAGCCGCGGGAGGUGGCCCUGACCGUGCUGGUGGACAGGUCCACGGCCCGCACCACCGCCGGCCAGCGUGUGGCGUUGAACGACGUGCAGGAGUCCCACCUGGAGACCCGCGACGGGCAGCAGUAUUGGGUGUACGAGCACGUGAGCCAGGGCUCGCCCACCAUCACCUCCCGCACCAAGGAGUCCUACCGCCACGCGCUGGCCAUCACCUCCUGGCGCAACGGCCAGGACGGCAGCCCCUACCUCUACACACUCAACCUCAGCUGCCCGGAGCAGCUGUGGCCCGAGCUGGAGCCUGUGUUCAAGGAGGCGGUGAGCAAGUUCGCACUGCUGCCCACCACACGCGACUACAUCCCGCCCGACAAGGACCCCUGGCUGUUCUUCUAAAGCGCCGGCGGCAGUAGCAGCAGCGGCAACAGCAGCAGUAGUAUCAGUGGAGGAGGAGGCUGUAGCAGCGAUGGCGGUGUUGGGGUUGGGGUGCUAUGGCGUGGAUGGCAGGCUGUGGAGCGACCGGGAGCGACCGGGAGCGAAGGAGGCGGCGGCGGGUGGUGCGAGAGGAGCAGGCUGCAGGAGGCGGCGGGGCAAGGGGCCAGUGGGAGCGGCGGCCAAGGCACGCGCCGGUGCGUGCCGGGGCAGGGCUGGGCGGGGUGCCGGGGGCAGUGCCGGGGCGUGUGUGAAGGCUGGGAUGGGCGUGAUUGCCACACGCCCGUGAAUGCCCCGCUAACAUACGCCCAUGGGUGCAGUGACGUUGGAGUGGGCUGUAGCGUGGGCUGUAGCGUGGGCUGUAGCGUGCGCAUGCGGACUUUCGGGAAUCGGGACAGCUUGGGUUUGCGCGCGUGUGGAGACCGCGUGCGGAGAGGUUCGAAUCGGCCUUCCUAACGCAAAAGAGGAAAGCGCGUGUGCGCAGUGCGCGCGUGCGUGGCACAGGACACGGAUUUUAACCCCUCAGUGUC